AUUUCUAAUUAUCUAACUACAUUGUAUAAUUUGUUUGAACAGCGUGGGCCUCGUUUAGUAUAAUAACACGUUUGCAGCACAGCCAGUUAUUCGUGUUGCGGAUUGUAGGAAAGUAAGGAAAAUCAAAACAAAAGAACAGAAAUUGUUGCCGUUAUGAAAAGUUUGACUUUCCCUCUGUUGAUAUGUGUUGUGUUUUUAACGCAUUAUUUUACGUCGGUUGAAUUACAUUCUUUGAGGAAUGGACCGAAUGGGAAAAGGUGUCUUGAUAGCUGCCAGUGUCCGAAUGGUACAGCUUGUUUAGCGGAAGAUAAUGAGGAGGGUAAAAAGAGUAAGAAAAGAUGUCAACCCUGUGGAUGCAGGGUUAAUUCACAAUGUUUCAAAUCUUUUAAUGAAGUGUUAUGUGACUGUUCCAACUCGGGGUAUACAGGGAGCAACUGUGAGACUAAGAUUGAAACAUGUAAUGUUGAUGACGGAUGGACCAUAUUUGAAGGUGGCUGCUAUCUCUAUGUUUCUACGCCUUUAGAUUGGUAUUCUGCGAAGAGCGACUGUCAGUCUAAAGGUGCAUACCUGGUGGAAAUCACAACCGAAGCUGAACGUAACUUUGUUGAUUUAUUGGCAGAAAGUAAUGCAUGGAGUGGAUUAACAGACACAAGUACAGAAACUGAAUUUGUGUGGUACUAUUCGGGACUAACACCAACAUCAGUAGUGGACAGGAUUUAUUUUAAUUCGGAUUCAAACGAUUGUGUGGUAAUUUAUGUAGACUGGGGUUCUCCUUUUGUUUGGGACGCAAAUCCAUGUAAUGCUUUUAAAGCUUAUAUCUGCGAAAAGUAAACGCAUGUAGAAGGUGGAAAAACUGAUGACUGAAGUUCUAGAUUUGAAUAAUUAUUUUGUUUGUGUUUCUUUUUUUCGGUUCUGUUCUGUUCAGUACUUGAUACAAACCUAUAGCAUUGUUAAAUGCAAGUCGAUUAAUCAAUAUGGAUUAUUGAAAGUACAUGUACUUAUAUCAAUAAAAAUUUGAUGCAAUGUAAAA